AGUGCAGGGCCUGCUGGGAAAUGCUCCGGGCACUGACCGUGGCCAGUGCGGCCCUGGGGCACAAGGCGGCAGGUUGGGUGAGGACCAUGGCCUCCCACCCACUGCUGGUGGCCCCCCCAGAAGCCCUGAGUAAGCCCCUGUCCCUCCCCAGCCGGCUUCUGCUGGGGCCCGGCCCCUCUAACCUGACCCCCCGCGUCAUGGCGGCUGGAGGGAGGCAGACAAUAGGACACAUGCACAAGGAGAUGUUCCAGAUCAUGGACGAGAUCAAGCAAGGCAUCCAGUACGUGUUCCAGACCCGGAACCCCCUCACGCUGGCCAUCAGCGGCUCGGGGCACUGCGCACUGGAGGCCGCCCUGUUCAACCUCCUGGAGCCGGGGGACUCCUUCCUGGUCGGGGUCAACGGCAUCUGGGGGCAGCGGGCCCAGGACAUCGGGGAGCGCAUCGGAGCCCGCGUACACCCCAUGAUCAAGGACCCUGGAGGCCACUUCACGCUGCGGGAGGUGGAGGAGGCCCUGGCCCAGCACAAGCCUGUGCUGCUGUUCCUGACCCAGGGGGAGUCAUCCAGUGGCGUGCUGCAGCCCCUCGAUGGCUAUGGGGAGCUCUGCCACAGGUACCAGUGCCUGCUGCUGGUGGACUCGGUGGCAUCCCUGGGCGGGGUCCCCAUCUACAUGGACCAGCAGGGCAUCGAUGUCUUAUACUCGGGCUCCCAGAAGGUCCUGAACGCCCCUGCAGGCACCUCGCUCAUCUCCUUCAGCGACAAGGCCAAAAAUAAGAUCUACACUCGGAAGACCAAGCCCUUCUCCUUCUACCUGGACAUCAAGUGGCUGGCCAACUUCUGGGGCUGUGACGACAAGCCCAGGCUAUACCAUCACACCACCCCCGUCGUCAGCCUGUACAGCCUGAGAGAGAGCCUGGCCCAUCUAGCAGAGCAGGGCCUGGAGAAGAGCUGGCAGCAGCACCGCGAGGCCUCAGAGUACCUGCACGGGCGCCUGCAGGGGCUGGGCCUGCAGCUCUUCGUGAAGGAUCCGGCGAUCCGUCUGCCCACCGUCACCACCGUGGCCGCACCUGCGGGCUACGACUGGAGAGACCUCGUCAGCUACGUCAUGGACCACUUCAGCAUCGAGAUCACGGGCGGCCUCGGGCCCUCGGUGGGGAAGGUGCUGCGGAUCGGCCUGCUGGGCUGUAACGCCUCCCGGGAGAACGUGGACCGAGUGAUUGGGGCCCUGCAGGAGGCCCUGCAGCGCUGCCCCCGGAACAAGCUGUGACCCGGCUGCCUGUCCCAUGCUCACGCAGUGACUGGGGGUGGGAGCCCAGGGGCAAACAGACUCUGCCAGGGGGACAGGGACAGGACAGCUGCUGACCCAGCCCGGGUGAAGGGGGGAGGGGCAGGGCCGGGCAGGGGCCCGACCCCUCCGAGUGGAGCUUCCUGGAUGUGGGCUGUUUGGACCCUCAGCGCCUCCCCAGCGAGCGGCCGUCCCCAUAGGUCACUGACCUGUGAAUGUUCAAUAAAGAAGCCGCUGGUCAU